AUGACUCUUGUAGCCCUAGUCGAGAAAGCAACCCAUCAGUCGGCCGCCUCACUGGCAGUGACACUCUCCGCCAUCAUCACCUACGUCUUCUACAAGUCCUGGCUCUACCCCUACCACCUCGAUCCGCUCUCCAAGAUCCCCGGCCCAAGCCCCUCACGGAUCCCCUUCCUCGGAAACAUGCUGGCCUUGACCAAGAAGAAGCCCAUGAUGGCCCUCUACGACUGGGCGAUGGAAUACCCCGGAUCGAUCUACCGUUACUACUGGUUCUCGCGACUGACUCUCAUGACCUCGGACCCCGUCACUGUCGGCUAUGUUCUAGGGAAAGGCAACGAUAACUGGUUGAAGAGUAAAGGGACCGAGGAAAUGUUUGAGCAGAAUUUGGGACAUUCGCUUCUGUCGAUGAAGGCGGGUGAGCAUACAGCGCACCGCAAGUACCUUGCUAAAGGGUUCAAGCAUACCUACCUCAAGUCCAUGGCUACUGCUUUCCAUGGCGUCGCCCAGGAUCUUCUUGGAGUCUGGAAGGAGAGGCUUGACGGCAAGGCUGAGCAGAAGGAGGAAGUGGAGGUGCGAUGGGAGCAUGCUGGCAAGACCUACACCACUAUCGAUCUCGAGCCGUCGUUUUACUGUUUGACGUUGGAUUCCAUCGGCCAGUUUGCUCUCGGACGCGGAUUUGACGCCAUCAAGUCGCCUAUCGGUCCCGAUUUCGACAACUACAAGAUCAUUGUCGACUCUUUCCAGGUUACCCUGUUGACGAUGCUGCCCCUGUCCAAUUGGAUCCCGACAAAGAUCAACCGCCGUGCUUGGAGUGCCGUCCGAGCUUUCAACUCCUCCAUGGAGGGCAUUGUCCAAGAUCGCAAGCAGAGUCUCCUCGAGGAGAUCAAGGCCCAUGAUGGAGAGUUCUCUCAGGCAGAGGGGGCUACCAGUCAAAAGAAGGACUUUCUGACGAUGCUUUUGGUCGACCAAUUGAUUGGGGAGGGUGGUACCGAUCUUCAGAUCCGACAUGAUGUCUUUACUGCCAUCUUUGCGGGACAUGAGACUACCUCUGCGGCUCUGUCAUGGACGUUUUAUCAGCUUGCUUGUCACCCGGAGGCCCAGACCCGUCUGAGAGAAGAGAUCCGUCAGCUCUACAAGGACAGAGAGGGUGCCCCUACUUAUGAUGAACUCAACUCGCUCCCUUACUUGAACGCCGUCAUCCGCGAGAGUCUCCGUCUCUGGUCUCCUAUCCCACUCAACUUGCGAGUAUCAGUCGAAGACGAUCACCUCCCACGCAACAACGGUCUCCCACCCCUCUACGUCCCCGCCGGGACCAACCUCCAAAUCCCCAUAUUCAUCCUCCAACGCGACCCCAAGAUCUGGGGUUCCGACUCCCUAUCCUUCAACCCCUCGCGCUGGCUCACCACCGACAAGGCCUUCCCUUGCCCACCUUAUUCUCCACCAAACGGUCUCUGCUACUUCCCCUUCUACCACGGGAAACGCAGCUGUGUAGGCAACAAGAUUGCGACGCUCGAGAUGAAGACCCACAUUGGGAAUCUGAUUAAUACGUUCGAGUUUGUGGAGACGCCCGAGUUGAAGGAGAAUCGGGGGGAGAUUGAUUGGAGGUGGUCGAUUAGUUUGAAGCCUUGUCCGGGGGUCAAGUUGGGGGUUCGACUCGCUGAUUGA